AUGCCAGAGCAAAUCUCACAAACAAUGCCCACAUCAUUAUCCAUAUUUACUGACUCAUUUUAUCCAGAAAAUAAGCUAUCUUUAUCGCUAUCAAACCCUUCAUUAUACGAUGCCGUGAUCGAGUGUGAGCCGCGAAGUUUAAUUUCACCGGCAAAUCUCGAGAGAUUAUUGAGCUUUUUCCAAGACUUCAAUGCAUCCCACGCAGCUUCUUACUUAACAGCGAUUUCUUCUUCAUCUUGCUCAUUUCGUCAAUAUUUCGAGACUUUAGAGGACAUGCAGAAAGGAAGUGUUGUUAAGAUUAUAAUGAAAGCAUUUACAGACCGCGGCGUCGAUCCUUCAACAAUUGUAAACUAUUUGGAUCAGCCGAAUCUAAAGUCUCUUGAUAAAGAUGGAUGCUCUAUGCUGAUAUCUUUCCUUUCAUUGAUAUCAGCAAACCAGAAAAUCGAUGCUUAUCCGUUCGUGAUUCCAUGGAAUAAUACAAGAUCACAAUUAGACUUCCUCAUGUAUAUAGCAACAUCACAAACAAACAUAACAUUCGGAAGCAAGUGCAGAAUGAUUCCUCAAGAAAUAUUAAGCCAUAUAAAUUACGAUAUUUCUACAAUUUCAAACGGUUGUUGGAUCUGCAUUGAUUUUGUUGAGAGAUUCGUAGAGCUUGCAAGGAUAUACCCCAAGGAUGUCGUACCAUUUUUCCAAUCCUGCAUUCAUAAAUUCAGUCAUGUGAUUUUAUUUGCAAUUUCUCAAGUGAAAGAACAGCAAUCUAAGGAAUAUAUUGAUUUUGUGAACUAUAUAUUCAACAUUGUACUGUAUUCGCAGCUAGGAAGUCGUGAUUAUUUCGAAGAAUUAUGGAAACACUCAUCAAAUUUCUGCAUGAGAGCUAUUUUCUUAUUCUCAAAGAGUUCUCUGCAGAAGCUAACCAAGAUUGCUGAAAUAUUCUCUUCACAUCUUAAGGAAUUGUUGGAUUCUGAUAAUCUUGAAUUUUCUCUUGACCUCGCCUUCAAUGUUACGAUCAAGGAUUCAAUAAAUAUGGAAGAAUUCAUCGAUUCUAUCGUAUCCAAGAACGGCCAGGAUAUUCUAAUUUCAUUCCUUCAGCUUGUAAAAACAAGAGCUUUGGAAAGUCAUCCUACAUCAAUGCAAGUCUUCAUUUCUACACUAAACGCAAUAUUUAAAUGGCUUUCCAACCAUUUUAAGACACUAAAUCUCGAGACACAACUAAUUGCAAAUUCAUUGUACUCAAUUUGUGAAAAUAUCGGUAACGGACUACAGCAAUUCAACUUUGUGGACUCAUUGCCACCUGUAAAUCCAUCCGAUAUCAAGCUUGCUUCGUCAGAAUAUUUCAAACAAUACUUUGAUGGCAAAACAACACUCAACAAGUUCCUUUUGAUAUUACAUCACCUCAAAGCAGUCAAUAACCAACUUUUUGAGGACAUGAUCCAUUAUCCAAUCCUUGAAUUAAAUUAUAUCUCAAAUAAUGACAUAAAAUUUGCCACAAAGAUGGGCCAACUUGUCGGAAACAUGAUCUUAGAGAACUUAUAUGGCGAAUCAGACCUCUCAGCCAUCUUCGCGACCUUCCACAAAACGUAUUCAGAAGAUUCCGACCAACCACUUAUAAUUUUCACUUCAUCUGCCCUAUCCAUCUGUUAUUCCAAGCUUACACGUAUUCCUAUUUACGUGUUUAACCUUCUUAAACAGCCAAGUUUCAAGCAAAGAGAGCCAAUUUUGUAUCAAAACAUAAAGAAGAUUUCUAUGUCACUUUCCGCACCGAUACAACUUUCCCAAACCACGAAAUUGAACAUCCAUCCUAAGAUUCGUAGGUUUGAGAAGCUCCAGCAGCCUCCACCACGUCUUCGGAGGAAUUUGCAGAACCUAAAUAACGACAGUCAAAUGCUUCAUCCUACAAUCCAAGCAUUUACAGGUUAUUUAGAUUGGUUAGCACUUCAUUUAGUAGAAGACAUUGAAGAUCAUCCAUGUUUGUUACAGACAUUCCUUCCAUCAAUAAUAGAAGACAGAGAAUUCACCGAAAUAAUGAUACAAGCAGCUUCAUAUGAAGUCUACAAUUUAGUAGAAAAAUCAGAUGAAAUUGCAACAUACGAAGGUGGAUUUAAACGCAGGAGAUUAUCAAUUUUAGGAAGAUUAAUUGGUAAUUUAACAUUCGCAUUGAACAGACCAAUACUUUCCAAAUACAUUGAUAUCAAGAGAUUGUUAUUAUAUUCUUUAGCACAUGGAAAAUUAUUUGGUGUUUUACCAUUUGUUGCUGCAGUUUUAAGAUGUGCAACAUCAUUCUUUGAACCACCAAAUCCAUACAUGAGUGCUAUUUUGCAAGUAUUGGCUUCUAUCAACUCAAUUGAUUUGUUAAAAUUGAGUAUAAAGAAUCAAAUUACUUUGAUUAUGAAUCAUUUCAAAGUAACAAGUUCCCAAUUCAUGAUUAUUCCUUUGAUACCAAAUAUCAAUGAGGAUAAUUUCGAUUUCAUCACGAAACCUUUCUCUUUGUUGUAUUUCUCCAACCAAGCCGAUAUCGACAAAAUUAUUUCAUUUGAAGAUUCCGCUUUUUACACUUUGACGAGUCAGCAUUUCAUUAUUCCAGAAUACGAAGGAGAAAACGCAGAAGAGAAACAGAGUAAGUUCAGAAACGCUUUAACUAAUGCGACAUUGAGUUUCUUGAAGACAGAAGGAAAGAAUUUGUCUCAAGUCGCAAGUUCUACAGCUUCUGAAUUAAUUCUAAAAGAUUUUGUACUUUGCAACAACAUGAAUUUGAUUUACCAAACAGCGGAGACAUUAACGAAACAAUUAAGUGCAAGCCUUGUUAUGUUUACUGUUUUCCAGAAACAGCAGAUCUAUUUGCACCAUAAUGUUAUGCACGACAUCGACCAGAAAGACAGCGAAUGGGCAUUGCAAGGUGUACAAGCAAAUCAUAAUUUCAUUGGCCAAUUAUUAAAAGACGUUGUUUAUUUGAAAGCCUGGAAAAUUGUUCAGCAAAAGAUAGAGAAUUUCGAACAGCAGAAGAAAGAAAACAGUCAUAACCAGAGACAUCAAGAUCUUAUACCAUUAAGUAUCCAACAUUUAGUUCCUCCUUCAAUUCUUCCAACAGAACAAGGUUUGUUGCCACAACAUAAUUUCAUUUACCAGGAUUUGGCAGAACUCGCUUUGAAUCCAUCCCAAAUCCAGAUCAUCGACAAAACUGCGGAUAGCAAGAGUAAGUCAUAUGAAGCGUACGAAAGUUACUUCCAAUGGGUAGCAAAGAGGAUUUCCAGUGAAACUAAUGCAACAGAUUUGAAUGACCAAAUAAAUUCUUUGUUACAAUUAGUUUCAGAAAAAAUUCCUGACGUUGGACCAAAUUUCGAGAGUUUCACAUCAUUAAUAAGAACAAUGAUGAAAUACAUGUACAAGAAUAACCAUAGAAUUAAUGAUACUGUUUUCUCUCGAAUCCUUGAACAAAUUGUCGGCAAAGCUCCUCCUGAAUACGUCACAAGAAUGCAGCCAUUGAUUGUUUCUUGGUUAAGAAACUUCAUUCCAAGUAUACAACUGCUUUGUGAGUUCUUGAGGACAGGGUUGCUCACAACGAAACAACUCGACAAGUUCUUCUUCGAUUCGUUAAAUAGACAACCAUUUAAUGGUCGUUUGUAUAUGUUUGCUGUCAGAUUUUUACAUCAAACAUUGAUCGAAAAACCAACACUUAAACCGAGUGAUAUGAUUGACUCUUUGUCAUUUGUUGUAACCACACCAAACAUUUUGAUUGAGUCCAUCACAACACAGACACAACAGUUGCCAAUUGAUGAACUCCAGAAAGUUUUGGAUACAAUGGAUGUUCCUUUGAAUGUUUUGAGUACAAACUCGAAAUUACAGAGUGUAUCAAUAUUCGAUCCAUUGGAAGAACUCCAGGACUUAGAGAAGAUACAGUUAUUACUAAUGGAAUGGAAAGAAAUCGCUGAUGAUGACAGUGUAGACAAAAUAAUGGAAUGUUUGGAAUACGGAAAGAAUUUCUUUGUUUAUCUUUUCUUUUCUGAAUCAGAAGAAACAAUUUCCAAAUUCAUUUCAUUAGUUCACAAGGCAAAAUUAUUAGAUGCAUCGUUCUCUCAUAUCCUGGAAUCCUUGGAACUUGUAAUACAAGGAAAUUCUCACGUAAUAUCUUUCGAUUUUAGAAAAUAUUACGAUAUUUUAAUAAGACUCAUAACUUUUUAUGCAAACAACACAAAACUUCUAAUUAUUGCCAGUUUGCUGCAUAACUUAAGGCCAUUGAACGCACCAACAUUCACACCAGACUGGGCACAAUUAAUUACUCACAACCAUUUCGUUUCUUAUUUGAUACAAAAUUAUCCAGAAGUUAUGAAAUUAUUGUUAGAAGAUUAUACAUUUGCUGUCACUUAUUUGCAAGGAGCACAUGCAAAAGAUGCAUUCGAAGUGUACUAUAAGUCAUUACUUCGCUUCAUCUUGAUAUUAUUUCAUGAUUUCCCUGAUUUCAUGUAUGAUAUUUCCCUUGAAGUUUGCUCGAUGUUUGGUUCACAUUUUACACAACUAAGAAACAUUUUCUUAAGUGUUUCUCCUAAAGGAAAAUUACCUCCAAUCACUGAACAGUUUACUGAUGAUAGCUUUACUAAAUUGAAACAAGUAACACCUAAACUAAUCAGUGAAUUAUCAUUUGAUGAAAUACAAAAUGAAGAAACAAUGAAGAAAUUUGUUUCUCAAGUUGAAAAAAGGAGUGGAACAACAGCUUUGCAUUCUUUCAUUGUCUAUUUGAUUAACAAGACUGAAUGCAAGGAUAUCAACAAGAUGUUAGACUUAUUAGUUGAUAACAGUACUCCUGAAACAAUGAUAAAUGUUUUACAUGUUUUAUUCGACCAAUUAAGAAAUCCAGGAAGAAUAACAAAUGUUUUCAUGAAAUACAUAAUUAAUUUGAUGAAGAAGCCGAAGAUUGAUGAAUUGAUUGUCACAUUGGCAAUCGAAAGAUUCUCUACACCAUCUCCACAGCCAUGGGGAUUGCGUUGCUUCAUCAACCACAUCAUCACUGACAAAGAAAUUAAUCUAUCAAACAAAAAAUUCGUUAGUGAUUCAACGGAAGUGCAACAGUUUAUUGAAGUUAUCAAGAAAUCUGUUGCACAACAAUGA